CUUUUUCCUGUUGUUUAAUCUGCUUGACAUAGGAUAGAAGACUCAGAAUGACAUAUGUGGACAAAACACCGAGGAAAUUGAAACAUCCAUUCAAAGAGACAAAAUCUGAUGACCCACCCUCGUACCAUGAUGCUGUUACAUUUCCUGACAAACUCUUUAAAAGUGAACGCCAUACAUUCACCUGUCUGAAGGCUAUAUUUGGUAUCAUCAGUGGAAUUUUGACUGGUGGAAUACUGUUUGUUCUGCUAGUGUUCAGUUUUGGUUUUGCCUUGGACAUAGCUGGCUAUAUAUCUAUUGGAGUGACAGCACUGGCAUGUCUAGGUCUAGCACUGUCUGUCCAUGUCCGCUGUAUAAUCGUACUGAUGAUUCCUAGUCUGUUUACUGGUAGAGGAAGGGUAGCCAUCCUGGCAGUUAUAUUUGGACUCCUGUUAUCAAGACCAAUCAAAAACAUCUCUAUAAAUACUUCAGAAGUGUCAAGAAGUAUGGCCUGUAGUACUGAACUCUUUCAUAAUCAGUCUUACUCUCUCAGACAACAGCUCCAGGUACCAAUAGAGCAGAUUAAAGAAGCCUUGGGUAAACAGGCUGAGGAUAUUAAGAAGUUAGGAACAGCAAUAGAGAAUGCCAUAGGACCAAUUUAUGAUGCUCUUGUUGCUGUUAAAAAUGGUGUCAAGUUAGUUAGUGGUGCAUUGGAUACAGCUUCACAGGAGUGUGAUAGAGUGAUGAACGGUGUGUAUUCAGACUGUGUAAGAGAUCUCAACAAAGCCUACAGUGCUUGUACUAACACACUUAAUGAUGUUAAGAAGUAUGUUCCAGGAUUUGAUUUAACAGCUAUCUGUAAAGUUCUAGAUAUAGAACAGGUUUGUGUUGUAGUCAAACCAUCUUUCCUAUGUUCACCAGUCAAAACACUUGAUAAUGCAGCCGAGAAACUUGCAGAAUCUGCUGUCAAUCUGGUCAAAGAAGUCAAUAAAUGGUUUCAAUUCAACAUCAUUAACCAGUCUCAGCUUGACAAGGUUUAUAAUGCUUCUAAAACAGCUAAAGAAUUGAUAGCUGAGGUUGAGGCGGCCCUGACCGAAAAGAAAAUCACAUUUACUUACAUCAUUGAGAUUAUGAGCAAACUCUUAGCUCUGUCGCUUCUGUUGCUCCUAACGCAAUCAUUUUUUUAUCUGAAAAAUUAUCUCGCCAAGGACGAAUUUGACAACAUUUACAUUACUACACAGUUUAAGGGUUAUGAUUCUGAAACACAAGAGAAAGGACAACGCGGUGUGUUACCUCUACAAAAGAAGGAAAAGAAACUAUACACAGAUAGCACCUCCUUGAGGAUGUCUCCAAAAGAGAAAAGUCAGAGUUUAAUUGGUAUUUCCCAGCUCCUACUACACAUGUUACUGAGUGCUCUGAUAGUGUUCCUUAAUUAUGUACUGUUCUAUAUACUGUACCUUGUAAACAGGUAUGGCCAGGUAAAUGUAGAGGUCACUGGACAAAGUAAAAUAAACCUAAAGGUCAAGGGAGGACAAAUGGCUGCCUUUAUAAACACUUUUAUAAAUAACAUUAACAUUCAAAACACAUAUGAAGCUAGUUAUAAUACAACUAUAUGCCUGCCAAAUCCAACAGCACCUGAUGCUACCGACAUUCCAGUUCUUUCUUCAGCAUACAUUGCUGCUCUACUCCUGGUUUUCAUGCAAGCCUACGGAGCAAGAUACAAUCGCAAGAUAUGUGCCUUCUACUACCCUGAACAGGAAAAGGAACGUACCAUGUUUCUGCAGAAGAAAAUUCUCUACAUCCGCAAGAGAAGAGACACUUUCAUUAAACAACAUGUUAACUCAUUAAAGAAACAAAAAAUUGCUGAACAAAGAAUGUCUGUAAAACAAGUAUUAUCCGCAAUAUGUCCUUGCUUAAAAGUGGAACAAACAGAUCUAAAAUUCUGUAUGAACUGUGGAGCUAACCAAGGAUCUAGUCAUACAUUACAAGAAUGUAAAAAAACAAACUGCACCGCAACUUACUGUUCCGAGUGUUUUAAUGAUUUUGGACGUACAUGUCCUAUCUGUAGAAAAUAACAGCACUGCUUUUAUAUUAUAUAUCUAAUAUUUUAUUUACUUUUAUAAAUUAAUAUUCAGUCAAGAAUACACACCAUGUCCAACAAGAUAUUUUGAAAAACCAUACUUAUCCAUCUAAUCUUUUGAACUUGUAUAUCAAGAAAUAGAGGACUAUAAAUAUUAUAUUUUCUU